AUGGAACAAGUAACGGCAGUACUGGCGCAAAUGAUGGAAACAAUACGAGGUAUGCAAACACAGCAAGCUAAUUUACAAAGGGCAUUACUUGAGCAAGACAGGAAGGUAGACCCAGUAGUUGGAAGAGAAUGGCUCAGAGAUCUUAAGUUACAAUUUAACCUUAACUCUAUAUAUAUAGAAUAUAAAGAAGAAAGUGAUAUAACAGAACAGGAAUUUGGAGUAAAGCUACAAAAUUUAUUAGAAGAAUACCAAGAAUUAUUUACAGAAGAAAUUGGCAAAAUUAACAAUUUUCAAGCAUCAUUUAAACUAAAGGAUGGAGUAGUACCAAUAUUUUUGAAACCACGAUCUGUACCAUUUGCAUUGAGAAAUCAAGUGGAAGCAGAAAUUGACAGACUGGAAAAAGCAGACAUUCGUAUGAAAAAGUCACAUACUUACAAUGGGGUACACCUGUCGUCCCCGUUAUUAAACAAAAUGGCAAGAAUUGAAGAAAUUUUUUCAAAAUUAAGUGGUGGAAAGUACUUCUGCACACUUGAUAUUAAUCAAGCAUAUCUACACAUGUUAACUAGUGAUGAGACAGCAGAGAUGCAGGCCAUCAGUACAUGUAAAGGUACCUAUAAAGUGAAAAGAUUAAUGUUUGGUGUUAAGUUCAUUCCAAAUCUAGCAUCUAAGUUGAACCCACUUUACAACCUAUUACCGAAAGAUAAAGAGUUUAUAUGGUCUAAAGAAUGUGAAAAAAUUUUCCAAGAGUUAAAAGAUGAAAUUUGUGGAGAAAAAGUUUUAAUACCCUUUCAUGAGAACUUACCUGUUACUCUUGCUACAGAUGCAUCACCUACUGGAUUUAGAGCUGUGUUAUCACAUAUUAUGCCAGACAAGACUGAACGACCCAUUGCCUUUACAUCAAAAUCCUUAACUAAAGCUGAGAAAGGUUACAGCCAACUCGAUAAAGAAGCAGCAGCGUUGAUAUGGGGACUAAAGAAGUUCUUCCAAUACUGCUACGGAAGAAAAAUUACAUUGGUUAUAGACAACAAACCCUUGUCUAGAAUUUUACAUCCAGAAAAAGCUACACCGGUUACUACAGCGAUUAGACUGGUGCACUACGCAAAUUUCUUAGCAGGUUUUGACUACGAUAUAAAACUCAGAAAGACAACAGAACAUGCAAAUGCUGACUACUUUUCAAGAUUAAAUAAGUCGACAGAAACAGAAAAUGACAAUCUGACAGAUGAUGAUGCAUUUUACUUAAAUCAAAUCUCAGAAAUGCCAGUUACACUACAAGAAAUUAGAGAAGCUACUAGAAAAGACCCAGACUUACAAAAGCUCUACAUGGAUAUACAAUCAGGUAGAAGUGACCCUAAGAGACUUCAUGAAUAUUCUCUACAAAGCAACUGCAUUUUUUAA